ACUUUCAGGUGGCCUUUUCAUCUUUGAAUUUGUUGCUACAAACACAAGCUCUUCUCUCUUCACUUAACUACCUGACAACCAUCAUCCCAUCAGAUCAGCAGAACAUGAGUGUUGUCAAGGAGGUACAGACUUCAACUGAGAAACAAAAGAACUCACCUCUGCAGAAAGUGAUGGCAUCCUCUAGAGAUAGUGACAUUGUUGGCUUUAGGCUGUUUGCCAAAUUGAAUUCUUUCUGUGUCACUGUUUGUGAUGAGAAGAGCAACAUUGCUGACAUCAAGAUACAAGGCCUCGAUUCUUCCUUCUCUCUUCAGUCAAAAAAGCAGUCUCUUUUUGCCAGGCUGGAAAAUAUUAUUGUCACAGAUGUUGAUCCUAAAACAGUUCAUAAAAAAGCUGUAUCCAUAGUGGGAAAUGAAGUUUUUCGUUUCAAUUUGGAUUUGUAUCCAGAUGCUACUUCAGGAGAUUCUUAUACUGACAUGUCCAAAGUGGAUGGUGUGGUGUCAUUGAAUGUUGGCUGUAUUCAGAUUGUCUACCUUCAUAAAUUCCUUAUGUCACUUUUGAACUUUCUGAACAAUUUUCAAGCAGCCAAAGAAGCUCUGAGUGCCGCCACUGCCCAGGCUGCAGAGAAGGCUGCCACGAGCGUGAGAGACCUCACCCGGAGGAGUCUUCGUGUUUCUGUCAACAUUGAUUUGAAAGCACCAGUUGUUGUCAUCCCACAGUCUUCCAUUUCCACCAGUGCUGUUGUGGUAGAUCUUGGAUUAAUUAGAGUUCAAAAUCAGUUCAGUGUGGUGUCUGGUGAAGACUCCCUAAGUCCUCCUGUAAUUGAUAGAAUGGAGGUACAGCUCACAAAACUAAAGCUUUCUAG